GAACUCGGCAGGCCGUCCGCUUUUCCUUCUUUCGCUGCUGCCUCCAGAACCCGGCCAACAAUGUGGCUUUUCAUAAUUGUGUCAAGCUUGGCUCAAGGCUUUUUAAAUUCAGAAGCACUUGUGAAAAGAAAUAAUGUGGAUCCAGAAGUAUCCAUGAAUAUCAGUGAAAUUAUUUCCUUUAGAGGAUAUCCCAGUGAGGAAUAUGAAAUAGUGACAGAGGAUGGGUAUAUUCUCAGUGUUAAUCGAAUACCUCAUGGGAAAGGAGGCCAGUGGAGCAAAGAUCCUAGACCAGUGGUAUUCCUACAGCAUGGAUUCCUCGCAGAUGGCAGUAACUGGGUGACAAAUUUUGACUACAACAGCCUGGGCUUUAUGCUGGCUGAUGCUGGCUAUGAUGUUUGGUUAGGAAACAGCAGAGGGAACACCUGGUCUCAAAAGCACGUAAAAUAUACAGUGAAGCAAGAAGAAUUCUGGGCAUUCAGUUUUGAUGAAAUGGCUAAAUAUGACCUUCCAGCUUCAGUAAACUUCAUCCUGAACAAAACUGGACAGGAGCAUAUAUAUUACGUUGGCCAUUCACAGGGCACCACAAUGGGUUUCAUUGCAUUUUCCACCAUGCCACAGCUUGCUAAGAAGAUCAAAAUGUUCUUUGCGUUGGCACCGGUAACCACAGUGAAGUUUUCAAGCAGCCCCAUGACCAAGCUUGGAAAGUUUCCUGAUCUUCUGUUCAAAGAGGUGUUUGGAACUAAGCAGUUUCUUCCCCAGAAUUCAAUAAUAAAGUGGAUUGCUACCCACAUUUGUGCUCAUGUCUUACUUGAUGAUCUUUGUGGCAAUCUCUUCUUUCUGCUAUGCGGGUUUAAUGAAAAAAACCUAAACCUGACGCGAGUUGAUGUCUAUUCAACACACUGUCCCGCUGGAACUUCUGUCCAGAACAUGCUUCAUUGGACUCAGUUUGUAAAGUCUGGGCAGUUCAGAGCUUUUGACUGGGGAAGCAAGGCAAGAAACAUGGCCCACUAUAACCAGUCAACACCACCUUACUACAAAACGAGAGAGAUGCACGUGCCAAUGGCUUUCUGGUCCGGCGGCCAGGACUGGCUUGCAGACCCGUUGGAUGUCGCCCUCUUGCUGCCAGAGAUCCCAAACUUAGUUUACCACAAGAAUAUUCCUGAAUGGGAACAUCUGGAUUUCAUCUGGGGCCUCGAUGCUCCACAGCGCAUGUACAAAGAGAUCAUUGAGCUGAUGCAGAAAAACCCAUAGAUCUGUUUGUGGCACUUGUAGCUGUCAUGUCGACAUGCUUCUUCAAGAGAUCAGUGUGUGACACUUUGCUGUUGCUGUAAUUCACCAUGGAAAGAUAUUUUUUUUAAAAAAAGCAUUACAGUAUUAAUCUUUCUGUCUCCGUGCAGUGCAGCAGUAUUGUAGGAGACUGAAUUGUUGCACUGCUCAUAAGUAUUUUAAAUCCACACAGCCUUAACACUGAACGUGUUAAAACAACUGGGCUGUCUCUGGUUAGAGAAAAUAAAAUGCCUUGCUACAAAUUGCCCAAAGCAAUGGACACUUGGAAUUAAAACUGAUGUCUUAAGAGUAUCUGUUGACAGGAGGUGCUGUGUUUAAAGCUGCAGCAGAACUGGUAAUAACGAUAUGCAAUUUUUAGAAAAAUGACCACCUUGUGAGCAUGUCUUCCCAUGUGUGUCUAGUGCCCACAGCACCAGUGGAAGUUUACGUAGUUCAGAUCCCUUGAGCUGACUCAAUACAUGCUCCACAAGAAAAACAGCACUUCACUGGUUAAUGGUGCAGCAGGCAACUAGCAAAACCUCCCUAGAAUCCCUUAGGAUUCUGAGACUUGGAACAUUUAAUCUCUUUAUGCUGAAGCACAUCCUUUGCACUUUUCUAGAAUUGCUUGGGAUAAAAGGGCUUUGAUAGCUGAUUUCUUACUAUGAGGUAAUGUUCAAUACUCACUUGACUGUAAUCUUGAUCUUAAAUGCAUCCUGUUGAUUCAUUUUUUAAUUGAAAUUUGUUUUCAGUUAAUGUUUUCAAUUAAUUAAUGCAUAUCAUGAGAAUGCAUUAGUAUACUGGUAUAAGUAGUAGUCUGGUAGGUGAAGUCUUUCAGCCCAGACCUCUAAACAUCUCCUAUGAGGCUUUUGUUCUUGGGAGUGCAGCCUUAAUGUCUUUGGCCCUGGGCACACCUUGUAUUAUUUCCUAUAUCACAGGGGUAUUAUACACUUACAAUGCAAUCCUAAGAACCCUUUCCUGGGAGUAAGCACCACUUAAUAGACCUGGGCUGGAUUUUGAGUAGACCUUUUUUAAGGACUGCUGUCAUCAGUGUUGGAAAAACUCAGAAGGGGGGGCUACAUGACGUGUGUGAACUUUUCAGCUGCUGUUCUUAAAAAAGUGCAUCUGUUUCUCUUCACUGAGAAAAUGAGCAGCAGAGUACAGAUUGGCUACCAAAGAAGCUCCGUUGUCACUGCUGUGCCUUUACUCUUGCUUUUUAAAGUUGAAAACUAAAAUUCUUCACUGAAUUUCGCACUGAAUUGGAAAUUAACAGCUGGAAACAGAAACGUAACAUGUCGAUGUCUGCAUUAAUUGAUUUUUUUAAAAAAUAUGUACUGUGUUAUAUGUGUUCUAUAAAUCAGGUCUCUGUCUGAAAGUGGAAAGUGUUUUUAACCAAUUACCAUAAAUAUGCAGCUUUUAAAGUUUAUGUCAGUAACCUGUUUUGAAUUUCCAUUAUAAGCCAUAUUGUGCUGUGGGUUUAAGUGUUAAAACAGUUGGAAGAAAGUACACUCUGAAAUGAGAGCAGAGGUUUACUUUGAAUAAAAAUCAAAUUGGAAA